CCAGAUCGUGUGUCCGGAGUUCACAGUACGUCCAGAUAAGGUCUGAAAGAUUUUCCUGCGAACCUGCUGCAUAUGUACACAAGCUGAAGGCUGCCAUCAAGUUACAUGUAACGUAAAAGAACCGGUCUGGAUAUCGAAUGGCAGCACGGGACGCUGAUAGUUGUAAGAUUGUGCUAAGUCAUAUCUUUAUAAAUUUACACUCUGUGAAUAACGCACCUCUGUUAAGUAUGAACACGAGAGAUUUCAACAGCCUGUAAGAAACAAACCUACACAAUUUAUUCUGCAGCGAGACUGCAGUGAUCGUAAUUAUUUAUGAGCUACUAGCAUGUAAGAACAUGAGUUUUCAGACUUUUUGCCUGGUCAGGGCCUACGUAUACCUUUAAAGUGAGUAAAAUUGUACGCACUUCCUCAAGAGAUGUACAUUGCAGGGGGUUAAAGGUCAAACCACUGUGCAAAGCAGCCGAUUACGUGCAGAUGAGUGUUGUGUAUCAGGCCGUCUGCUGGAUAGAGAUAAUCAGGGAUCCAUUCUGACAGACUGGUUUGUUGGAAAGUUAUCCACAAGGAAAUAUGUCGUCUGCCAAUUCCUGAUUGAGGAGGAGACUUCUUCGAUCGUUGUCUGCUAUGCUUGACCUGUGAUUAGGAUUGUUAAGAGCUGCAGUUUCUAAUGAAAACACGAGUUCGGCGUGUGUCUAUGGACGGUCUUGUGUAAACGGCAGUGUACUGUUAAUUAAGCGGAUCCUCGUGGCUUGACGAGAGAUGUUGAUUAACUUACGGAUACUCAUCAGCGGAAAAAGGCAUAUAGAUGAAAUUAGAGCACAAGUGUGUUAAUAAAACACGGUCAUUCAGGAGGUGAAGCAACGAGGAGACGUCGCUCAUAUAGAAAGGCCAGCACCUCGGGAGUUACAGGGUCUAAUUUCAUAUCUCAAUUGUUGUUCUGUAUCAAAGGAUAUUAUGACGAAUUAAUGAAACAUAUUAAAGACAAAAUACUUAAACCGACUGAAAGGAGUAAACACCCCGACUAAUUAGUCAACAUGCCCGGUGGAAACAACCGGAAGAUUACCUUCCCAGCGGACUCUGUUCUCAGUGCUGUCAUCCAGGAUGGUGACGUGUGUGAACUGUGUCGGAUUUUACACAACCAGAGAGGGGAGUUUAAUAUCAAUCAGACGAAUCACGUCGGAUUAACUGCCCUCCAUCACGCUGUUCUAAGCAACAAUCUGGACGCAGUAAAGAUGUUACUGUGUUGUAACUCGGACGUGAACGCUAAGGACGUACACGGAUUCAGUGCCCUACACACGGCGUCCGCGUGUGGGUUCUUACAGAUCUCAAGUCUGUUACUUGUGUUCGGAGCUGAUGUAUUUUCGUUGACGAAGCAGCUAGAAUUACCUGUGGACGUUGCUAAGGAUAUCAGCAUCGUCCGUUUGUUAACAACGGAAAUGUACAGUCGGAUACAGGCAGAGCUGUACUUACAGACAGUGGUGACGACCAAACUGACGAAUAUCUGGUUGACAUUCCGUAAAAUUGUAAUAUGUGUGGUCAGUUUUUUGUAUAUUGUGUUGAAAAACAUCUGGCAGCGACCCUCCACUGCCGUCACACAAAUAAAUGACGGACAGGUGAGUGCUGUGCGCAGUGUUAUGAACGGGGGUACCCAAAUAACGCACAGCGACAACAACAACAAACAGAAGAAGAAAAACAAACCGAUGGUCAAGAUAGAGUGAUACCGGGAACCCUUCCUUCGUCACGACUUCCGUCGCUCGUAGUAUACUAAAUGUCACCGAUAUAGGAAGGGUUUCGAUUCAGGUGAAUCUGUCAUUAGUUUCAUUUUGGGAGUUAAACCUCGCUAUUAUGAAAGUUCACAAUCGCUAAAACACUUACUCACAAACCAUUAGAUAUAAACAGUAAGAAAUAGUAUUAUGAAACUCCUAACAUCUAGCUCUGCUACCCACUACCACAGACGACAGGUAAAACCGUACAGCAGGCUAAACCAUAUAGUAUCGGACAAAACAUGGCCACCCUUGCCUUAGACUUGAUCUCGAGUUGUGACCAGGCUAUUACUCGAACUUUAAUAGCAAGUAAGAGUUUGACGAAUCUCAGACCAUUUUAUUUAGUACUUGGAGGUAAAUCGUUAACAAAGUGAAGGCCCACGAUUACAAAUCUUAUCCUGCAUACGUGAGGGAAAUCUGACUGUGGAAUAAUUGCUCAGGAAAAGUAUAAUUUUAUUUAAAUGGAGAAGUGUUUUUGUCUACGUCAUUAUGAUUUUGUUGUUGAUAACGUAACUUAUCUCGGUUGCUAUUUUUAACCUAAAUCUGUAUGUACAUGAUAAUAUAUAUGGGAGAAAGCGUGUGCAAGAGAAGUCAGGUUUACACUGCUAUUUUUACAUAAAACAUGAAAUGUAUUUAUGGGGUAUUGUAUGUAGGGAUCCCGGAGUAAUGAGGCGAGUUUAUCGCCGCUACACAGCGAGGAGGCUGGUAUCUCUCAUUAAUUGUAAAUACGUGUGUUUGUUGUACGCAUGUAAUGAAUGCGUGUGAUGAAGGUUUGUAAUAUAAUGUACGUUUGUAGAUUGAUUUUAAGAUCAUACGUUUCGUGCUAUUGUUGGAACUAUAAGUGAUGUCACAAUAAACGGGAAAGGCUUGCAAAAUAAUGUGUUUCGAGAAUGCUUUUUACCGAGUUCUGUUUGAAUCUCGCCCCAGAAUUUAUCUUAAUUACCAAGAUAUCAGUUAUGCACGGCGACCACCGCGAGACUGUUUCCCAUUAGUUCACCUUUGGUAUGCCCAUUGUUUACGUUAAUGAGUACAUACUUUAGAUUGGCACUAGGUUGUAGGGCUGUGGUGUGUUCUGUUAUUGUAGAACACAAGUAUAUACCAGUUACGUGCCGUUAAAAUAAGCCACAAAACGAACAGCAUACUGCAUAGCACUCGCUUGUCGAUUUUAUAUUUCUUAUACAUGUACUCGGGUACGAAAUUACCACUAAUUAAACGUCAGGAAAUAUAAAGGUAUCAAAAAUAAACAGU